GAACAGGUGGGAAGGGGGGGUGGGGGGGUUAGAUGAUGGCGGAGCCGCGCCGGGUGCCGUUAAUUAGUCUGUCACCCGUAAGGCGACGAGAAGGCGAGACUCCGGUGCUCGAGCGAGAGCCUGGAGGGGGUCGCGAGGCGGAGCAGCCAUUGGUGUGUGAGGCCCUGAAACUGCCACAACAGCCGCAGCAACACCACCACCACCUCCACCACGAUAGUGGCCGAGCAGAGCCUCCACCGCAGCCCUUCGAGUCCGGCAGCGGCUCCCGACUGGAGUUGCAGUCGGGGGUGUUACCGCGCGAGGUCAGCCGGCCUGAGCAGACACCGAAGCCGCUGCUGCCACCUCAGCGUGAGCCUCCAAGGCCAGAGCCGCCGCCGCCGCCUCCUUCGAACCAACCGUUGCAGCUCGAGAGCAACCGGCAAGAGUCGCCGCCGUCGCCCCCGCGUCAGACGGUGCGCCUGGAGUUGGUGCUGAAGGACCCCACCGAGGAGAGCUGUGUGGAGUUCAGCUAUCCCGAGUUGCUGUUGUGUGGCGAGCCCCGGAUAAAAUCUGCUUUUUCUGAAGAUCCAUUUAAUGACGAAGAGCGUGAGAGGCAUGAAGUGGAAAUGCUGGCUAAGAAAUUCGAAACAAAAUACGGUGGAAAGACCCACAAGCAUCGGAAGGACCGUGUUCAGGAUCUAAUAGACAUAGGCUAUGGUUAUGAUGAAACUGAUCCUUUCAUUGAUAAUUCCGAGGCUUAUGAUGAAUUGGUACCUGCAUCCUUAACUACUAAAUAUGGAGGGUUUUACAUAAACACUGGGACUCUGCAGUUUCGGCAAGCAUCUGAUUCUGAAGAGGAAGGCUUAACAGAAAGCAAAAAAAAUAGACCAUCUAAAGUAGUUAAACUGAAAGAUGGUGAGGACCAUGGCAUGAAGAAGCGCAAACGGAAAGAGGAAGAGGCAGAGAAGGAGAAAAAACCUCGGAAGAUGAAAGUUUCUCGGCCGAUGGGGGUAAUGGCCUUAAAUUCACACAAAUCUGAAAAGAAAAAGAAAAAGCUGUACAAGGACUCUCUUUCGGUUGCUGCAAUGCUCCGCAAGUUUCAGAAGGAGAAGGAAGCCUUUAAGAAGAAAGAAGUUAACUUGAACCCCACAGUGUCAGUGACCACCUCUACACCUAACAAAGUUCCUGUUGCUCCUGCCACUGGUGGAAAUGAUGUAUCUGACUUGAACCUCAUCAUCACAGAUCCAGUCCUUUCCAUUUUUAGCAGCACAAGUGAGCGUGAGCUCCUACAGGAAGCCGAAAUUGCCGUGGAGAUGUUGGGAGACAUUGACUUGGAUAGGUUACUUGAUGGCACUUCCAAUGGUAGCCCAGUAUCUGAGCCAUCAGGGGAGAAUGGAAAUAUCACUCAGCCCUCCCAUACCUCUGAGGUCUUGACGCUGAAACAGGUGCCUGCCCUCCCAGAAGGUCUUCCAGCACACCUAGAGAAGCGAAUUGAAGACCUUAGAACUGCUGCCAAGCUCUUUGAUGAAGAAGGCAGAAAAAAAUUCUUCACACAGGACAUGAAUAAUAUCUUGCUUGAUAUUGAGUUGCAGUUACAGGAAUUGAGUCCUACCAUCCGCAAUGGAGUAUACUCUCACCUCGAGGCUUUUGUGCCAUGCAGUAAGGACACACUGAUAAAGCGUUUGAAGAAAUUGCACCUCAAUGUCCAGGAUGACCGUCUGAAGGAACCAUUGCAAAAAUUGAAAUUGGCUGUCAGCUGUGUCAUGCCUGAACAAAUAUACAAAUAUCAGGAAGACUGCCAUGCACACAGUCAGGCCAAGAAUGCCAAAAUGCAAGCAGAAGAUGAGCGAGACAAGAAUGCUUCUGAGGAGGAAGAGGAUGAGAAGCCAGGAAAAAGGGUUGCAGGUCCAAGAAAGAAAUUCCGCUGGGAUGAGACAGUGAGGUCAUUGCUCUGUAACCUUGUCAAGAUAAAACUGGGAUGUUAUGAGCUAGAGCCAAAUAAAAGCCAAUCUGCAGAAGAUUACCUCAAGGCCUUUAUGGAGACUGAGGUGAAGCCACUUUGGCCGAAAGGCUGGAUGCAAGCUAGGAUGCUCUUUAAAGAGAGUCGAAGUGUUCAUAAUCAUCUUACAUCUGCUCCGGCAAAGAAGAAGGUGAUUCUGGCACCUAAACCCAAAGCAAAGGAUUCUAGUCCAAAGAAGGAACAAAGAGUCUGUACCCCUUUUACUUCAGCUUGUGUUCCUGCUUCAAGUACCAGCACACCUGUCACUGCCCUGGCCAGUUCUAGCUGUAAUCCUACUCCGGAGACCAUCUGCCUAGAUGAUUCACUGGAUGAAGAUCUCUCAUUCAAUCCACCAUCAUUGGAAUCCAUUUCUGAUGUUCUAGCCGUUAUUAACAAUGGAGCCAAGAGUUCUCCUGUUGUGCCCUCUGUAGAGACACCAACUUCAAGACCUCGGCCUGGGCUGAGAGAAGAGAAGUUAGCAAGUAUAAUGAGCAAGUUACCUCUGUCAUCUUCAAAAAAGGUAGAAACUGUUCAAACACCACAUUCUUCAAGUCUUAUAGCUGGGCACACAGGACCAGGACCAAAGAAAUCCCAGGAUUUGCUUCAGACUGGUAUCUCUUCAGGCCUUAUUGCUGGGUCUUCAAUUCAGAAUCCCAAGGUUUCCUUGGAGCCCUUGCCAGCCAAGCUUCUGCAACAAGGAUUACAGAGGUCAAGCCAGAUUCAAGCUGCUUCCUCUUCACAGGCCCAUAUUUCUUCCUCCUGUAAGAUCCAAGCCACAGCUUCCUCUGCUUCUCAGAGACCAAAGGAUACGUCUGUCCUUGUAUCCUCUUCAGAAGCCCACGGUUGUGGCUCUUCAGCAUUACAAAUAACAAAGGUUCACCAGCAGUCAGCUGCCCAACAAAAAUAUGUGUCUCCUCUACAAGCAACUAUUAGUAAAUCUCACACCAAUCCUGUGGUGAAACUAAGUAGCAACCCUAAACUCUCUUGUUCUUCCCCAAUUACCAAGACAUCAGAUAAACCAGGAGCAUACCGCCUUCCUUUGACUAGCACCACGUCUGGUUCCCAGAUGGCUCACCCACUUGUGUCUCGGACAGCAUCCAGCACCUCUACCUCUAGUAACUAUUUAGCCAAGACCAUGGUAUCACAUAUUUCUGCCCAGGGUUUCAAGCCUCCUUUCUCCAUGGUUCCUUCCCCCAAACCUGCUGCCUCUCCUAAGCCCACAGCACCCAAGCCUUCUGUAACACCCAAACCUAUUGUGUCACCUAAACUAUCCUCAUCAAGGUCCACUUCAACACCCAAGCCUGUAUCAUCUUCCAGUUCUUCCAGUUCAAGUGCACUAGUAUCCCAGAGUAGUCACUCUAGCAGCAACAAUUCCCUUCACAAACAGCCCAGUGGAGCAAAUGUCAGCAGGCAGUCUCCUACAAUUAAUUUACUGUCCUCUAACCGCACCUCAGGCCUUCAACCAGCAAAGAACCCUCAGGCUCCUUCAAAAUUGUCCAACUCUUCUGCCUCUGGCACUGUUGGCAAAAGCAACUUAAGUGGAGUUGGAAUGAAUGUACCUGUCAACAGAGGCAGCAAUCUUAAUUCAAGUGGAGUUAAUAGGACUAGUAUCUCUGGGGCAGCAGGAAGUGGAACACAGGGUGCUACUAAACAAUUGUCAACUCCACACAGACCAUCUUCUGCCUCAGGGUCUACAGUUAUACCAGCCAGUGUGCAGUCAACAACAGGUGCAUCAUUACUGGCAAAUGCUUCACCUUUGACGCUCAUGACAUCACCCGUGUCUGUAACCAAUCAGAAUGUGACAUCUGCUCCAUUGGCUCCUUUUGGGAUGCUGGGUAGCCUUGUUCCUGUGACUGUGCCCUUUCAGUUCCCAUUGGAACUACUUGGCUUUGGAACAGACACAGCUGGAGUAACAACCAACUCGGGAUCUACCUCAGCGGCUUUCCACCACAGCCUAGCGCAGAAUUUACUGAAGAGUUUACCGCCUGGAGCUCAACAUGCAACAACUCUGUCUCACACACCUCUGCCUGCUCACUUGCAGCAAGCUUAUACAGAUGGAGGCCAAAGUAAAGGGGACACUAAGUUACAGAGGAAAACCCAGUGAUGUCCUUGAUGAGCAAGGGAGUUAAAGUGGUUCUGCUUUGCUGAUGGAGACUGACCAGUUGGGAAAGUGCUUACGCGGACACAGAGCUGCUGUUUCUGUCAAUGUUUACAUAUUCUGAUUCCAAGCACUGUGGUGGUGAGGAGGAGGAGGAGGAGGAGAAGAAGAAAAAGAAAAAGAAAAAGGAAAGAAUACUUGAUCAAAGAGAGAAGGAAAACGAGGAAAGUGUUCAUGUAAAAAUGGUUCAUAGUUUGAUAUCUCCUAGUGAAUUUCCAAAGCCUUUUAUCCUUUCUGAAUAGCUCAGAAAGGUUUGGCCAAAUAGAUUCAGUUGUCAAACCUACAGCAGCACAAACCUUCUUUCAGGCUGAUAUCUGAUAGAGGAUCUGUGAAAGGAAGCUAAAAUAGACAUCUCUAUCCAUCAUGCAAGUGAGGCCAUACAUCUGUUGUCCCCAGGGAAGCCUACAGUAUAUGCCAGUUAGGAACAUCCUGUACAGCUUUGGAUAAUGUGGCAUAUAAAGCAGAAAUUGUGAUUAUGUAGAAAAAGCAAGGAAGAAAGUAUUUUCUCCACACCAAGCUGAGGCCAUUUUGUCACUAUCUCUUUGAAGAGCCUAAAGAUUACAGACGGGGAGGAUUGUUCACCGUAGGUAAUGUCAUUGACCAGGGUAGAGUUUUUCCCCUCUCAAAGGGAAAAGUCGGAGGGUGUUCUGUAACCAUUCUUCAAUUUAACUUCAUAUACUCAAAUAUAAAAUGAGAACUUACUUGGCUUCAUCAGACCAGAUCUUGCUUUCAGUAUCUUCUGAAGAAAGUCUUUUCCUGCCCUUAAUCUUGCUGUACUUCAGAGUUGCCUUAUUUUUCAUAAUCAUAAUCCAGAAAUCUCCAGUUUUGAUCCUUUGUGAAGAAAGUCUUGUCUCUGGUUCUUCUCCCUCUUGUAAUAGCUCUAAAAAGUCUCACACUGUAUUGAUUUUCAGCUCACAAUAACUACAUGUAGCUUGCUUUUGUACAUAGUCUUGCUUUUCUCAGUACUGUUCAAAGCCUUCUCCAAAGAGUAGUUGAGGUGCCUUCUGCCUUGGCUUAAAAUAUGUACCUCCAGCAUUCCUAAUACCUGCAUAGCUAGGAGGUAUAAAACCUGACCCCCUUGUUCCACAGGGACACAACUUAUAUGCUGACAUUCAGUUUUUGAUAGCAAUAUGUUAGAUGUUGGGGAGGCAAAUCUUGUAUUGCACUUCAUAAUUAUUACAGAAGGAAUAUUUGGAUCAAAAUAUAAUUUUGUUAAGAAAAAUCGAGAAGGCAUGAGACAUCGUGCUCUUCUGUAAAAAGUAUCUAUUUUCUCUCACUUAAAUCUGAUAUAUAUCAUAACUAAAAUAUUAUUAGAACAUUUCGACCAGUUCUAGCCUGAAAAAACUGAAAAAUCUAAGUAAUCUGAAAAUGAAGGCCAUUCUCCAAUAAAGGUAUAUGCGCAUGCAGGAGAACAUGUAUAGCUGGAGGUUUAUUUGAAACUUCAACUGCAAAUUGGUUAAGCUACAGUUUAAGCAGACAAGCAGCUUGUCUGUUGACAGUAUGAGUGGCUGCAUUAAAACUUCAGAGAAAUCUUUUCUCUUCAUAGUGUUCUACCCACAUACCUGUAUAGCUUUAUUGUAUAGUGGCCUAGAUCACACUUGCUGCUGCCUUCUACCAGACACGUUUUUUGUUUCCAGGUACGUUCCUUCAUCUUAGAAAGCCAGAUAUGUUAUAUUUACUGAUUUAGAUUUCACAUUAAUUCUAUAUGUAAAAAUAUACAUAUAUUUAAAUAAUAUAUAAUAUAAACACAGUACAGUAACUGAAUGUUGGGUUGAGCCCACUAAUAAAGAACUUUGCACAACAUCAUGGAAUAAAAAACUCAGUUAAAUAUUGAAUUUUACCAAAUACAAGGUAAACAAAAGAUUUUUCUAAAAUAUUUCUUGUAGUUUGGUAGAAGAGACUACAAACUUGCCAUACUUAGUUCAGAAUAUAUUUGGCUGGUUCAUUCCCCCAAACCUUAGAGUCACAAACUAUUAACUGGUAUAUUUUCUUCUCUUACUCAUUUUGCUGUCCCCUUGAGAUAAAGAUAAAAACUUCCUUGUUCACCACAGCAUAUACUCCCUGCAUAAACAUACAAAAUCUUGCAUUCUCUGAAAGCUUGUUACUAUAGUGUUAGCUUUCCCUUGUAGCAAUUUGAAGCCUGCAUUGCAAAUUAAGUAUGUUUUUGAAUCCUUUUUUAAUGUAUCUUAAAAGUUUGACUAUGUUGAAAAAAUAAAAAUAAUAAAUGCAGUUAUCACUUGAGUGAGGUAGAAAUGUAUUUUCGAUGAAAUACCAUCAGAUGUGAGGUUACAUUGGCUUAACUAGAAGGAAUUUAGUGAGAAUUUGACAUGUGAUGUCUGCCUUUGCAGAUCUUAUUAUGAAUACUAAAUCUGAGACAGGCAAUAUUCAUUUCCCCCCCCCCUCUGUUUAUUCUAAUAUGCAGUAAGAGAAAGUAUGGAGGUCAAAUGUUUUUCUGGCAGACUUAGUUUUUUGCUUCCAGGUGUUUAUCACUGAUAGAAAUAUUGUGCCAGACAAUUCAUUUAUUUCACUUUUUCCCUUUUAAGCUCUUCUGUAUUUAUAAAGCAAAAUUUUAGUCCAUGGUUAAGCUACUGAAAAAUGAAAUUUCCCCCUUUAGAACAAAAUAGCACAAAUUGCCUGCCCCUUCAGUAUAGCUCAUGUAUAUUUUAAUAAUAUAUUAAAUCAGUGAAUGAGUUGAUAGGUCAGACUACACAGUCAUUCAUCCCCCUGCCACACAAAAAAUAGUCAAACGGGAAUAAGCUGGGCAUACAAUGUGAACUCUCAGAUUAUCGAGUUUCAAAAACAGCCAGCUGUAAAUAUCUUAAGACAUUGUGACACCAGUAAAAUAAUGAUAGAUGCCAACUCUGCUCUGUGUGCACAGUAAAGGGGGGGGGGGAGAUACUGGAAUGAAUCAACACAGUGAGGUGCAUUUUUUUAAAAUAAAAAGAUUUAGGGACAUUAGCUAAAUAGUUGGAUCUAAUGAAUUGGCUGGAAAGAGUAUAAAUAGCAUUCUAAUGUGGUUUAAUUUGAUGAACUUCCUGCAUAGUAAGAUUCCAUUUAGUUGUGUGGUGUUUUUAAAGGUCUUCGGGAAUUCAAGUUGCUCUUGUCCUAACCCCUUCAGUAUUCACAAGCAAUAAGUCAAAGCUGUUAUUCUGGGCAGCUGAGCUGAACCAGGAACUAAAAUGGCAAGCUCACUCUGAGCCUCAUACAAGCAAUAAUUUUCAAGUACAGGUUUGGAAAUUGGAUAUUAUUUAAAUUAUGCCUUCUGCUAUGUGUGCUUAACCUUAUGGAAGCACACUAGCAAUUUCUAGGUUAUCUGGAAUUUAUCCAAAAUCUAGAUAAAUGAUACAGGCAUUGAACUACAAAAUGCAAAAACGUCAGUUGUCUUAACAAUAUAUUGUUCUCCUCCAACCCUAAGAUAAAAGUUGAUGGUUUAAAUUACUCCUUUUUGUUCAGACUUUUAUAUCUGCUUGUCUCCUGGAAGAUGGUUGGGAAUGUUGUCAAAGUCCCAGGUGUGGGUGCUGUGGGUUUGACAUCUGUUUUAUGAAAUAAGAAGUGACUUAUAAUUUAUCCAGUAGUAUAGGCUGGAAGUGGGGUAGACAAGCAAGAUGACACUUCUUUCCAUUUUUAGCAGUCUAAUCCAACCUCUGCAUAGCCUCUCCACUUGGUACAAAAGAUUCUGCAAUUCCGAAGCUACCAUCAGUUAUACGGAACCAUAAUCAUCUGACAGAUAGUCUCUUAAAGCUCCCAACUGUCUUUUGUUUGCUGCUACAUUCGUGGAAAGAACUUUUAGCUAUAUUUAUAAGUAAAUUUAAAUUAGUUUACAGAUUGGUUUUAGAGUUGUUUGCCCACAGGAAGAUUAGAAUGUCUUGAUUUAUUGGAGUGCAUUGGCAACAGAUAUAGUGACUGUGCUUAUUUUUUUAUUUUUGGAAUUUAUCAGGAUAGUAUUGCAGGGAAGAAGUAAAGCCUGCAGUCAGGCUAAGCUUUGGAAGGUUUUCACCCAGGUCGCUUCCAGUGUUGGUCAUUGUAGAAUUGCUUGCUUUUUCUAUUUUCUAAAAACUAAACACAAAGGUAAACAACUGAUCAACAUUUUAUGCAAUUUAAUUUCAUGGCAACGUGUAAAAGUUUUUAUAUAAUUUGAUUCUGUCUCUGAAUAGUGUUAUCACUCCAACUUACUUGAUUCAGGCCUUUGUCCUUUGGUUAAGUGCCUUUUCUUUGUUUCUUUGUUCCCAACUUUCCUCAAAAAGUAUACUCAGAGGUCCUAAAGUGCUAGGAGGUAUUUGAAAGAACCUUGAACCUGCCAAUAUGACUUUAUGCUGUUAAAAUGACUUUUCCCUUCUGUAAUUAGUGUGUGUAAUGUUAUCACUGCUGUAUCAUGGCAUUCAUUAUUAGGUGCUUGCUUUCACACAUGGCAGUAUUCCCGAGAGCCCUAAUGUUUCAUAUGUUUUCUGUAGCAUUAAUGUUUACUUACAAAGGUGAACAUAGACACAGGUGAGAGUACAGUAAUUAGGUGUAUUUGAGCAACUAUAAGGAAGUGAGUGGUUAGUUGGAAAUGGACUGAACUAUUCUCACUGGAGUUUCAGGUUGCAUAUUAAAUUUUAGUAUAAAAGUGCUAGUCUGAUAGUGGUAUAAAUAUUGAAUAAACUUGAACUGGUAUUCCUAAAGUGUGACACAAUUCUCAACAAAAUAUAACAUUCUUAGCAAAAGAAGAAGAAGGACUGAACAAAUUUCCACAAGUUAUAGAAAUAGUAUCAAGAAUUUGUACUACUUAUUUCAGAUUAGCAAAGUUAAUUUCAGUUCCAGCAGCACAAAAAGUGCUGGCUAAAAAGGUAGAAUCCUUUUCAUAUUGUUCUACCCCAUCUGAGGAACCUGUUUUUUGGAUCUCUAGGCAGCUACUGUAUCUGGUGACAGUAGUGACUAAAUAUUCCUACUUAAAGUAACUGUUUCCCAUGCACAUUGAGCUUCCUUGUGUUGCUCAGAUACAUACUGUAUCUAAAAAUCUGUGUCAGAAUUAGUCACAUAAGAAUCUUGCAAUUAAGUAACAAACUUGCUAAAUUAAAGAGUAGCAAACUACUUUCAAGCAAAGAAUCACAACAGGAUUUCACUUAAUGUCAAUAUUUUUAUGUCGCCUACUACUGUAAAUUAAUGAACUGUGAGAAUAGUAAAAAAUGCAACUUAGCAAUCAGAAUAAGUAAAUGUGCAUUUUAAAGCUUGUUAUAUAUUUGUAAAAAAGUAAUCUGGAUUUUCUUUAACAGUGUAUUAUUUAACAAGGUUUUACUAUCUCGAAAACAAAUAUAAGUUGCAUUCUGUCCAAAUAAUUCUGACUCAAUGGUUGGGCACUCAGUGCUGAAUACUGCUAUACCUGUUCAGGUGAAGGUGGCUCAUUGUGACUGAGGGAGAUAUUAUCUAUAUAGUGAGUUAGUUUCUUCCUAAUUCCAGUGCAAAUAUGAGAGGAGAUUGUUCUACCUCUAGUCAAAAAGGGGUUUGAACAAACUUCCAUUUAACAAGGAAUGUUCUAAUUGGGAGGGAAGAGAGAGACUGCCAUGCCCUUGUUUGUUUGAAGCCCGAGCUGUGGCCUAAAAUUAAGCUUUAAGGAACUUACAUCAUUUAGGAAAAAAUGAGCUUGCUCUGAACAUAACUUCAUCAAAGAACCCUGAAAUGUGUCAUUUUCUAUGGGUGAAGGUAUUAAGGAAAUGUGGUGUGGAAUCAGUGUGACCAUGCAGAAAUUGCUCUUACUCUUCUCUGAAUCCACUUCUCAGGACGCUUUUGCCUUUUUACAGCUCCCACCAAUUUUUUGGUGGUUGAAGUUUUAAAAGAGCUUUGAGAUUAAGCUAAGGAACCAUUCGACUCGCUCACUCCAGGAAAUAAAAGCUCCAUGUUUGACCAUUUUCAGUUCUUUUCCCUAAUUGAAUUAUCCUUUCAUUUGGCACAGCAGAAAACCAGGGUUCUCUAGUUUUUAUCUUACAAUAAAUGUUGCAUUGUGGAGCAGUUUUUGUGCAGGAUAAGAAUGUCUUUGUUCCAUAUUAGAAAUAAUAUUCUGAAGCCUUCUCCCAUUCCUGUUGUAGACGGUUAAAUAGUGUACGCUACAUUCAAUUAAUUUUCACCUUAUUAAGGACUGAGGGUUUUUCACUUGCUGUGCUGACAUUUAGCAGCAAAGAUAACAACUGGAUAUGCUCUUGUCUGACAUAAAACAUAAAUUGGCAGAAACAAGCAAAUUCACAGGAAGCUAAAUGGUAGGCAUGGCGCUCAAUGUUUAUUUAGAAGCAACUGGUUUUCAGCACAGGGGGGCAGGGAUGGUCUUUGUUUUCAUCCUUUCCCUUCUCUACAAGGCCUUAGUUUGAUUCAGUAGGCAGUAAAAUAAACUAUGCAUAUAACUAGACUUAUCAUUCAGUAGCACAUACAGUGUACAUUUCCCAUGCUGGUGUGAUGUUUACCCAAAGAAACAAGAUAUAGCUUUUUGAAUGGGUAUACUACAGAAAUAUUUUUGUAACAUGGAAAUUAAACUAGAUAAAAAGCAAAAAGACUUUCACCAGUUCAAAGCUAGUGUCAUGAAGAAACUUCAUGGCCUUAAGAGCGCUAUUAAAAUCUGUUGAUGUAAUGCCUUGAUUGACAUUAUCAAAUAUGCAGACAUAAAACACGUAACUAUGGGAGAAAUAUCCUUCAUUACCAUCAGCAAACAGAACUUGAUAAAUCUGCAAAUGAAUGAAUACCUCACCUGUACACAGAGAAGUGUUGGACAUUUUAACUAACUCUUCCUCUAGAUAUACCCUCCUCUAAAUGUAAGUCAAGUUAGAAUCCUGAUACUUUUCUGCCUCCUCUUGCACCUUUCAGUGUUGGACUUUCUGUGGUUUAAAUAAUUGUCUGACUAAACUCCCUGAUGUUGCAACUGGUGCACUUUUGUCAUUCAUUCUCAGUGUUGGAGGUAGAUUCUAAGGAUAAGCAAGCAAAAACUCAAUUAUGCUUACAUUACUUUAAAAUAAGCUUAACCUGACCUCAAACCUGCUGAGCAGCGUUGAAUUUUCAGCAUUAUAAACUAGCUCUCCCCCUUUCCCCCUCUUAGCACAUUCAGACCUGAACAUUACAUUUCAUCCGUUGGUAUUUUCUGGGUCACAAUAUGUUUAUUAUAAGUGAGUGCCUGUGUCAUUAUAAAUUCAGAGCAUUGAGCAGAAAUUAUUAUGGAAUGAAAGAAUAAAAUGCAUUUCCUAAUAAAGGGAAUCAAUCAACAGUAGAGUUUUGAAGUUAAAAGGCUAGCAUUUCUAACCUUUCUGCUGAAUCGUGUGUGUGUGUGUGUUUUCCUCACCUAUUAACAUUCAGUUGGUGGAGAAGUAAGCUUUUAAUACCUAGCUCAGUUGGCUAUACAUUUUAAUAGAAGAGGUUAUACAAAAUGAGAAAACUUCUACAUGGUUAGCUCACUACUUGACAGAAUUGACACAUGAGCAGUUUUUAAAAAUUACUAGUUUGUAUACCCCUCCUUAAUGUAACAAGCUUCCUUAUCAAGUAGUGGUGCUGCAAUAAACCAUACUUGGCAAACA